GAGGUCAAGUGACUUGUUGCAUUUCUUCCGUCCGACACUGAUUAAUCCUGUGACGUUGCGGUAGGCGCUGAGGAGAUAAAAAGCUUGUACGUUUGUACACAGUCCCUGUCCUCCUGCAGGCUGCAGUCCUGUAACAAGAUGGAGUCAUACCUAGUGCAAGUAUCAUUCCUGUUAUACAAGUGUGGAAACUGAGGUUGUUCCUUUGGAAAUGAGACUUCAUUCCAUGAAUUUCUCCUUGUGUUCCUUCUGCUUCUUUGUGCUUAACAAGUUCUUCCUGGUGUUAUUGUGAGGGGCUACUGUGGAUUACUCUCUGUUCCCAUAACUCUGGCUUAGCCCUGUGUCUGGCACAUAGGUACUUAACAAAUGCUUAUUCUCUUCCGUCCCGUUUCCCCAACUCAGCAUUCUGUGACUGCCUUUGUCUCCCACGUCUGAAAUGUACUCCCCUUCACCUCCACUUCUUAGAACCCCCAUCUUUGUUCAAGCCUUGGUUCAUAUGCCAUGUCCAAAGGAGAGGUUCUCUCACAGGUGCUCAGAGGCGAGACAUUGUUGUCUUGGGAAACACAAGUGUUCAGUGCCCAGAAACUCAAGUGUCAGUGUCCGGAGCACGAGUCAGAAUUAAAUCGAUAUUGUGACUCAGAGUGUGGUGAUAUCUGCAACUCCAGGCAUGCAGGUCCAGGCCUCACUGGAACCAGAGGGACUCCUGAUAGUGAAGGUGGAGGAGGAUUCCUCCUGGGAGCAGGAAGCUCCUCGACCCAAGGAGGACACCAACUCGGAGAUCUUCCGUCAGCGCUUCAGACAGUUCCAUUACAGAGAGGCAGAUGGGCCUCAUGAAGCUUUCAGUCAGCUGUGGGAACUCUGUUGUCGGUGGCUGAGGCCGGAAAGCCGGACAAAAGAGCAGAUUCUGGAGCUGCUGGUACUGGAGCAGUUCCUGACUGUCCUGCCUGGGGGCAUCCAGGGUUGGGUGAGGAAUCGAUGCCCAGCAAGUGGAGAGGAAGCUGUAGCCAUGGUGGAGAACCUGCAGAAACAACCCAGAAACCCACUGCAGGAAGAGCCCUCAGAGGGGACGGAGACUCAGGGAGGAGUUCAGGGGUCCUCGGGCCUCCCGCUGGCACAGAGGGAGAACCAGGCCAAGGGGGUAUCUCCAGAGGAAGGGGUGUGGAGCCGAAACCCAGGAACAGAAUCCCAGGAACAGAGGAGCCGUGGCUCUCAACCUGCUUCCCGGCUUCCUGCCCUUCUAAAGGAGGGGGGCACCAGAGAGAUGGUAGAUGCUUUCUUUUCUUCUGGGAUCCAUGGACCAGUGUCAUUUGGAGAUGUGCCCUUUUAUCUCUCUCGGGAAGAAUGGGGGUGUCUGGAUCCUGCUCAGAGGGACCUCUUCUGGGACAUAAAACGGGAGAACUUCCGCAAUGUCUCUCUGGGUUUGGGGAUCAAGCAUCAGAAUGAGGAAGCUUCCUACCAGGCUAGUGUAAAAGAAGUAGAGCCACUGCCUGGAAGAUCUGGAGGUGACGUGCCCUGGAGCACUGAGGAGGGUGAAGUCUGGGAAAGUGAGAAUCGACCUGACCCGGAGCUAGGGCAAGAGCGCCUCAUGGGGGUGAGGCGAGGACGCCCUCCCACACGCCGGAGACAGUUCCGAGACUUGGCAGCUGAGAAACCCCACAGCUGCCAGCAGUGUGGAAAACGCUUCCGUUGGGGUUCAGACCUGUCACGGCACCAGCGCACCCACACGGGUGAGAAGCCCCACAAGUGCCAGGAAUGUGAGAAGAGUUUCCGCAGCUCCUCAGACCUUGUUCGCCACCAGGGUGUCCACACAGGUGAGAAACCUUUCACCUGUACUGAGUGUGGCAAAAGCUUCAGCCGAAGCGCAUACCUCACUGACCACCAGCGUAUCCACACCGGGGAGAAGCCUUAUGAGUGCACUGAAUGUGGCAAGAGCUUCUCUCUCCGCUCCUACCUGCUAGACCACCGCCGAGUGCAUACUGGUGAGCGUCCCUUUGGCUGCAGUGAAUGUGACAAGAGCUUCAAGCAGCGGGCGCACCUCAUUGCCCACCAGAGCCUUCAUGCAAAGAUGGCACAGUCGGUGGGAUGACCAUGGCUCUCUCCGUGGAGGGGGAGCCUCCAGGUGGAGAGGAGAUCCAGAAGGAAGGAAAACAAAAGACUGCUCUAACCACCCGGCAUCAAUGACAGGGCCCGCCUGAGCAGACUCCAAAAUGUCUGGAAAUUCCCCUUUCCAAUUAAAGGUCAUUCUUGCCCCUUUAAGAUACCAUGAGGAUCUCUUCAUCCUUCGUUUCCCUGAUGGUUAUGUUGCAGCCCUUCCUCCCACCUGCAGCAAAUAUCGACUUCAGUCAAACAAAGAAAACUUGACUGUCACAAGAAACUAGAGGCACUUCUGUUUCCUUGGUCCCCUUGAACUUCAUCUUCAGAAACUUGCAGAACAUGCAUCCAUCCAUAUUCUUCAAAACCAAGAAAAUAAUUUUAUGACUUUUUAAAAUUUAUUUUUCCCUUCUCUUUUCUUUGUUCUGUGUUCCUUUCCAUCUUCCUCUCUUGUUUUCACUUAAUGUUUCUGGAGUCUGGAAAUAUAUACUAAUUUGAAGACAUAAGGGCAUGCAGUGAGAUGAAGGGAAGUUGAGACAAAUCCCUUACCUGCCCAUACUUUGCACAUUUUCUCCCCUGACCGCCAUCCAACCUCGAGACCAAUAGACCCCUAAAGGUUUCUGGCCACAGUAAUGCUUUUAUCUUCUUCCACCCUGAUAAGUCCACAGGCAAAGGAACCAGCCACCUUCCAGCAGGGUGCAGCUGCUCCUCUCUUGGUGAUGAUGACACUGUUGAAGCCACCAUCACUCUCAUUAGUACCAAUCCUCCUGUCCUUCUCUAACUUCUAGAAAUGAGAGGAGGGGAAGGGAGUGAUGUGUGAAAUAAUCUGUCGAAAGCAUUUGAGUAUGAGGUGAUGGAGUGAGUGGUCUUUCUCAGCCUCCUUCCCUUUUGCUCCCUGAUUCUGCCCCAGUCUCACUUCUUUUAGAGCAUUUUUUUCCUCAUACAGCAGUGUAUUGAAUGUCUCUGUUAUCUCUAGAGUCUUGAGAACCCAAGUAGACUCUAGUGGAGCCUCCUUUGGGGUUUAGGAAGGACUCCACUGGGCAUUUCAGGCCUCUGAAUCUUUGAAGGAGGUUGAAGAAGGCAGUUUUUAAUCAUUGUCUCUUCUGGAGGCCUCUGAGAAUGUCUCUUCCAUGUUCUCCAUGUCUCCUUCCCCUGCCUGAGCCCCCAAUGACCACUGUCUUCAGCUUCUUCUCUUACUCAAAUCCUGCCCCAGCCAGAAGACAGCUGUAACUCCUAACCUUCUUUUCUCUGGACCAAAGAAUUCCUUUCACAUUUCCAGAGAAUGUCUGCCUCCCAGACCUUUCUGUCCUUAUUUCUAUGGCUAUCCUUUGUAUCCUCCCUAAGCUCUCCACAUCCUUCCCAAGUGAUUAAGAGCCCAGCAGGACUCUAGUAGAGUGACCCUUGAUCUAUAGAGGGGGAGGAAAGUGCACUCCAAUUGAUAUUUCCAGGAUCUUACCAACCUUCAACCUUCUCUGUAAGAGUUCUUCCAGGUCUGACAUUCAAUGAUAAGCUAUCCUGUGACUACAGAAAUGAGGCACAAGGUGGGGCAGGGAGCUGAAGGGGUGGGGAUAGGGGGUGAGGACUGUGGCCCAUAAGAAUUUUGGACAUUGCCCAUGCCCCUCUGUACUGGGAGAGGGAGUAUACUUCUUGGAUACAAGGAAAGGGAAAGAAAUGGAAUGACUUGGAUAGGUCCCAAGAUCCCUAUCUUUGUUAAUGGCAGAAGAUAAAGACUGACCUCUGGGGAGCCUACUGUAGUCCCAACCCUUGUAAAAACCAAGCUGUAGUGUAAUGCCUGACUGAGAGUCACUUGACCUAGGUGAUCUCUGCCACUUACCCUAUGUGGUGUGAGGCAGGGAAUGUCUCUCUAGACUUCAACAGGGGUUUAAUGCCAACUUGGAAAGAAGUUUCUAGGACAGUGCCCCAGGGAUCUGUGCUUGGCUUUGGGCUAUUUAACAUUUUCAUCAGUGACUUAGAUAAAGACACAGGUGAUAUGCUUGUCAAAUUUUCAGGUGACAGCUGAGGCUGGGGAUAGCUACUACUUUGGGUGACAGGAUUUUAAAAGCUAUUGAAAGUCUAGAAUAUUGGGCCAGAUCUGAUUACAUGCAUUUGAUAAUUAUCUGUGUAAAAUCUUACCGUUGAUUCUUAAAUAGCAGUUUCACCAAGGACAAGAUGGAGCAAGCAUUUAGAUAGCUCUUUGUCUGAAAUCUGGAUGUGUUAGCCUAUAUUGCAGGUCCAACAUGAGCAUUAUGGCUAGAACGAAGAGGGUAAUUGUCUCACUGCUUUUGUCAGACCACAUGUGGCGUGUCGGUUCAGUUCUGGGCACCGUAUUUUUUAGGGGGGCCAUUGAUAAGAGAACGACUAGGAUGUUAAAGGACCAUGAGGUUGGUUGGGGAAAAAAAAAACCAAACAGGAUGGUUAUCUUGAAAAUAAAAGACUUAGCAAGGAAAUGA